GUAUGAACUUCUCUACGUAACUUCAUGAUGAUUUUCUGUGAUGGAACCUAAUAUCGUUAGUUGGUUUUGUUCGUGGGUUUGUCUCAAUGCAAUUCAACUGGAACCAGAAGCAAGGGCUUGGAACGUGAUACACUGUGACUGUAGAGCUGGAAUGGAUAACAAAUUUGCUUUUGAAGUUAAAGACAAUCCCAACAGACAUUAUUUGCAUAAAGACAAGAUCAAUGGCCCUAGUCCAGGUCUCCAUAAUAUACGACAUCAUAGGUUAUGGGGUAAACAUCAACGACAUGGGAAACAAGGACCAGAGUUGAUGUCAACCCCAACUAAUGUUUCAGUAACUAGGGGAGAGUUGGCUGUUUUGAAGUGCACUGUUAAAAAUUUGGGAACCAAAACUGUGAUAUGGCGAAAGCUACCCUAUAAACAUCCUCUAACAAUUGGAGCGUAUACAUUUAUAGAGGAUCCUAGCUUAACAGUGGAGCGGAGUGGACAAACACAGUGGAAUUUGCUCAUAAAAAAUGUUCAACCUCAUCAUGCUGGUUUGUAUGAAUGUCAAGUUAGUGCACAAGAAAAAUUGAUACAUAUUGUACAGCUCCGGGUAAAAGAUUCUUCUUCCCCAAACGCUGAUUCUUCAGAUUCAACAUCAUCCACCCAUUCAGAUAUAACUCUUACAGGCACAGCCUAUGUUCAGAACACAGAACCCAUCCACUUGAUCUGUAAUGCUACCAACAGUGUACAGUCUCCUCGGGACAUCACAUGGUACAAGGACGGAGAAAUCAUUACGAGGGGCGUCUUACGAAGAGUUAUAAUAACUCGACGUCAAGUCUCUCCAAGAACUCUUAUCAGUGAGCUAAAAAUAGCACGGAGUAACACUGGAGAUGACGGCAUCUAUGUGUGCCGAACAUCUGACCUGGAAGUCACUCGAUUUAAAGUGAAUGUUUUAAAUACGUAUGACAUAGUGCGUGUCAGGCUUGAGGAUCCUGUGAAGCUGAUAUGUAACAUUACAAGAAAGACGGAACCUCCUGACGAUAUAUUGUGGUUCAAACAAGGCAAACCUUUAAGUACUGAUGUCAGUAAAAAAGUUUACAUUACAAACUAUCGACCUAGAGUUACAAAAACUCUAAUCAGUGUCUUCACAGUACUGAAGAGUAACUAUAGUGACACGGGACUUUAUAUUUGUGAAGAAGGCAACAAAGAAAUCAAACGCUUUAAAGUAGACGUGAUUCCCCCAUAUGGUUACACACCAACAACACCAGGAAAUGUGAAAAGAGAUGAUAAAACAUUUCCUCUCAGUCCAGUACCACAAGAACGACAUCAAAACACUAGUAAUCCAAAUAAUAUCAACAAUAACCACUACAGCAACAAUGAUAGUCAUAAUAGCAGAACAGACAGAACUGAAUCAUCAGCUUCGAAAAUAUUUUCCUUACUGACUGUACCAGCUCUGAUUUUCUACACAGUUUGGUGGAACUUAGCGUUUUCCUGAAAACUGCUUGAAUUUUUAGAGCAAUUUUGUAUAUUAUGGGGAAAAAAAUGCCGGAAAAGGUUGUAAACUGUUUAGCAAAGUGUAAAUCAAUGGAGUCAUCCAGUAUUUGCUCUUUAGGCAUGACAAACAGGUCUGCUGGAAUAAGAGCAAUCCCAGAGAGAAGAAGGCCAAUGCUCUUAACAAUAGUUAAAAGCCUUUGUGGGCAAGCAGUUAGAUGACUUAUCCAUAGUGCUAUGUAAUCAGACACAGGCCAAGGGCAAUUCAACUAACAGUCUGUUAAAUAAUAUGAAAUGAAGUUAUCUGGAAAUGAAAUAGGUAAAAAGAAGAAAAGAAUUACUUGAAAGAACUAGGGUUAAAGAAAAUGUAACAAAAAUCUCCAAAGCUACAAUAAUUUAUAUAUAAACAAAUAAUUAAUAAAUUUUAUAUUAAUAAGAAAUAUUAGUUAGUAUGAGAGAACCAUAAUGACUAACAUGAGCAGAAUGCUUUAUGUGAAAACACACAAACACAUUAUAUGUGUAUAUAUA